ACUUUGAUGUGUGUUUAUCUUAGUCGAGUGUCGUCUGCCGGACUGUCGUGUCCGCGUAGCAACCGCUCGGACACUUACGGGUCAUCGCUGCUAGUAGUUGGUCGCGUGGCCGGUGCACGUCUGUUGUGCAACUGACCAAACGUGGGGGUAGGCGUGUACCGAAAUGUGGAAUAUUUUCUCUUAUAAGGUGCUCUGUGUCCAGGACUGAUAUUCAGACUGUGUCGGUGUGAGUUAAGUGAUGUGUAGGUCGUGUUGUGGAUUUCUAACGUAGCCGUCGACGUGAACGAACAACAUGUUGUCUGGGAGAAAAGGUUAUCAGAAGCUUAGGGUGAGCUUUGAAACAAAGGAAGCUGGCAUUCACUACAGCCCAACGAAAACUAGCCCUCCAUCCUUAGCACAAGCUGCGACAGCCAACGGAUUCCCAGCCAUGGUCAAACGCAUCGAGGAAACCACACCCCUAGUGGAUGUGGAUGAGCUCACCAUCCAUCUAUCCGUAGAAGGCAUGACAUGUAUGUCAUGCGUCCGCAACAUUGAGAGCACAGUGUCUAAAAAAGAUGGCAUUAAAUCCAUCACAGUUUCCUUGGAAGAAAAAAAAGCAACUGUCAGUAUUGACCAGUCAAGAAUAAAACCACUGGAAGUUGAAGAUGCUAUAAACGAUAUGGGAUUUGAAGCUAAACUGCUAACACACUCACCAUCAAACUCUACCAGUUCCGUAGCUUGUAUAAAAAUAGAAGGUAUGACUUGUCAGUCAUGUGUUAAAAACAUUGAGGGGACAAUGUCCUCACAACCAGGGAUUCUAAACAUCAGUGUUAGUCUUUCAAACAAAGAAGCCAAAGUAACCUACAACCCUCAGUUAACAAAUCCAAAAACAAUCGCUGGUCAGAUAGAUGACAUGGGGUUUGAGGCACACGAACAAGAGGAUGAAAAUCUAAAUAGAAAUGUCUCCCUCACUGGGUCGCCUAAGAAAACGGUGCUGGACAUUCGCGGAAUGACCUGCAACUCAUGCGUGAACACAAUCGAGGGCAACAUGAGAAAACACUCCGCUGUCGUCAGCAUUAGAGUUUCUCUGGCGGAGCAGACGGGAACCAUUGAGUACCUCCCCAAUGAAACGAGUCCUGACCAGCUGUGUGAUCUCAUUAAUGACAUGGGCUUUGAAGCAAGUCUACCAGAUAUUACAAAAACUCACAAGAAAGUAACCAUAGCCCGCUCAAUCAGCGAGACUCAGCUGACUCCAAAAUCUGACCAAAGUAAAUCCAAGUUAGCCAAUGAUGGUGAUUUAGAAAAAUGUUUCUUGACUGUAACUGGCAUGACUUGCGCUUCAUGUGUAGCUACUAUUGAGAAGAAUGUCAAAAAAAUGGAAGGUGUACAGAAAAUUCUGGUCUCACUAAUGGCCCAAAGGGCUGAAGUGACCUAUGACCCUGCAUAUGUACUCCCUGGUCAAAUUGCUAAUAAAAUUGAAGAUUUGGGCUUCAACGCUUCAGUGACGGAAGGAGAAUCACUUGGACACGGUACAGUGGAGCUGACGAUAACAGGAAUGACCUGCAGCUCCUGUGUCAACAGAAUUGAGUCAGACAUCAAAAAGAAACGGGGCAUCAUCUCAGCUUCAGUAGCCUUGUCCACAAACACGGGCAAGUUCACCUUUGACACUGAACAGACAGGGCCCAGAGACAUCAUUGAAGCCAUCAAGUCAUUGGGCUUUGAAGCACAUCUACGAACAGAUGAUGAUCACAGGGCUUCACGUUAUGACCACAGAGAUGAAAUAAAAAGAUGGAGAACAUCGUUCUUGUGGUCCCUGAUAUUUGGUGCCCCCUCCAUGAUCCUCAUGAUGUACUUCAUGUUUGGGAUGCCUGAGCCCUCCCACGGGGAACACAUGAACAGCAGUAACACAAGCAUGUCUGGGGCACACUACCAGCAGAUCAUGAUCACCCCUGGCUUAGAUGUACUCAACCUCAUCAUGUUUAUUCUUGCCACACCUGUCCAGUUUGUGGGUGGCCGCUACUUUUACAUCCAAGCCUACAAGGUCAUGAAGCAUGGCUCCACCAACAUGGAUGUGCUGGUCGUCAUGGCAACCACCAUCUCCUACCUGUACUCUAUAGCUGUUGUGGUGGCUGCCAUGAUUUUAAGAGAAGAAUCCAGCCCUGUCACAUUUUUUGAGACCACCCCUAUGCUCAUGGUGUUCAUAUCAUUAGGCAGAUGGCUUGAACACAUCGCCAAGGGUAAAACAAGUGAAGCCCUCGCUAAGCUUAUCUCCCUUCAACCCUCUGAAGCUGUCCUUGUGGAUAUAGAUAAAGACUUCCAGAUCAUGUCUGAGAGGGUGAUUGACCUAGAUCUGGUGCAGAGAGGGGACAUCCUCAAGGUGACACCAGGUGGUAAAAUCCCUGUGGAUGCCAAGGUUAUUUUUGGCCAUUCGUCAUGUGAUGAAUCUUUGAUUACAGGGGAGAGCAUGCCUGUCACUAAAACAGUUGGUUCACCUGUUAUUGGUGGGAGCAUCAAUGAAAAUGGUUUACUCUUGAUAGAGGCAACCUAUGUUGGUGCAGACACUACUCUGAGUCAGAUUGUGAAGCUUGUGGAGGAGGCGCAGACAUCCAAAGCCCCCAUACAGAACUUAGCAGACAAGAUCGCAGGUAUCUUUGUUCCAGUGGUCACAGCUUUGUCACUUGUGACCCUUAUUGUGUGGAUGGCCAUUGGCUACACUGAUGUGUCAUUGCUGGACAAACAUUAUGAUCCAAAGGGUCCAGUUCCAAUGACAGAGUUGAUCUUAGAGAAAGCUUUCCAGUAUGCAAUCACAGUGUUGAGUAUUGCAUGUCCGUGUGCCUUGGGUUUAGCCACCCCUACGGCUGUGAUGGUGGGAACUGGUGUAGGGGCCACAAAUGGCAUCUUGAUUAAAGGAGGCGAGCCAUUAGAGCUCACCCACAAGCUCAAAGUAAUAGUCUUUGAUAAGACAGGGACAAUAACCCAUGGUGUACCAAGAGUGGCAAGAGUCUCAAUGUUUGUAAAGGAGUCAACAUUCUCCUUUAUAAAGUUUCUUGCUAUUGCUGGUACAGCAGAAACUGGCAGUGAGCAUCCCAUAGCCUCUGCCAUCCUCAAGUAUGUUAAAGAGACCCUGGCAGCAGACAACUUGGGGAAAGCCUCAGACUUCUCAGCAGUCCCUGGCUGUGGGAUCAAGUGUAAAGUGUCCAACAUUGAAUCUUUACUGCUGGGCCUGGACAUGGAGGGGGUCAACAACAGGAAGAACAAGUACGGGAGUCAGCUGAUCAAAAUAGACAAUUUGUUGUUUGAUAACCAGGACGAGAGCAACAAUAUUCUCAAUUUGCCAAUGGCAGCUCAAGCAUCUCAGUUGUACGAUGUUCUGAUUGGCAACCGUGAGUGGAUGAGUAGGAAUGGGCUGACAGUGGAGGAAACCAUGGAUGACGUGAUGAUUGAGCAUGAGAACAAAGGGCACACUGCAGUUCUGUGUGCUGUUGAUGGUGUGAUUGUGGGCAUGCUGGCUGUGGCUGAUACAGUCAAGUCUGAAGCACAUCUGGCUGUACACGAGCUCAAGAAAAUGGGUUUACAGGUUAUACUUCUCACUGGGGAUAACCAGAAAACUGCAGCGGCAAUAGCCAAGCAGGUUGGCAUCACCAAAGUCUUUGCCGAAGUCCUCCCAUCCCACAAGGUGAAGAAAAUUAAGCACCUCCAGUCCUCUGGUGUCAAAGUGGCAAUGGUCGGUGAUGGCGUCAAUGACUCACCUGCCCUUGCUCAGGCUGAUGUUGGAAUCGCCAUUGGGACUGGGACUGAUGUAGCGGUUGAGGCAGCAGAUAUUGUUCUUAUAAAGAAUGACUUGUUGGAUGUCUAUUCCGCAAUUAAAUUAUCUAAAAUGACAGUGAGGAGAAUCCAUAUCAACUUUGUGUCUGCCUGUAUCUACAAUUUAUUGGGAAUACCUAUUGCAGCAGGUGUGUUUAUGCCCAUUGGUUUAGAGUUACGUCCCUGGAUGGCCUCAGCAGCAAUGGCCGCUUCUUCUGUCUCUGUGGUUGCUGCCUCAUUAUUACUCAAAACGUUCCGUAAACCUAAAAAAGAAGAUUUGUUAACCCCUGAGUACUACAAAAAGUUCUCCCAAGAUCAAGACACAGACGACAUAUCCAUGCACAGAGGUGAUGACUGGGAGAACCCACUGCGCACACCACGACAAACAAGCAAUCAUUCCAAGUGGAGCUGGCUAAAACCCACCAACGUCACUACCCCAGACCAGAAGAGUUUACUUGAGAACCAUGAUGAGGUAGACAUAGAAAUGAGUCCUGUAAUUUAAUUAAGUCAUCUUACUUUUUCUCUCAAUAGCUGUGCCAAUUUAAAGUCUAACCUUACCUACCAGUUUUCAGUUCUAGGCACAUUCUUUUGUUAGUCUACUUCACAAUUCAUCAAUAAUAAUGUAUUCCAUUUGUAAAGUAGUAAUGAAGUUUUCCAACUAUAUUGUAAAACAUUUUUUUAAAUAACUUAACUUAUAAUGUUUGAUUUUUUAGAUAUGAAAGUAUCAAAGUAAAUACUUCAGCGGGUAAUUUUUGUUUUACACAGCUGAUAUGUUCAAAUAGUUUAAUACUGCAUUGUGUUCCAAUAAUUAUUUUUCUACUGACCAUGGAUAUUUUAUUAAACUACAUUUUUUUAAUUAAUCACCAUAAUCUAAAUUUGAAUAAAAUUCCUAACCAAUGCUGAGGCAUAAUUUGUUUUAAAAAAGAAGUGCUGAUUUUGUACUUAUGGAUUAAAAGCAAUUUUUUUGUUUAUGAAAUCAGUUUUAAUGUAUUUUGUUACAAACUAAUCAAAAAGUAAUAAUUAAAUCCUCAUCUACCGUAAUCAUCACUAGAUAUGUAUAUCAUUUGCAAACUGUAAAAUAAUUAAGAGAAAAUUAUUUUGUUUCUUAACUGAACCCAGGGUAGAAAUUUUGUAAAAAAAAAAUGCUAAAAUUGUGAAACUAUUAUACUCCAGAUAUUCUCCAAUUUUUAUUUAUGCUAUCACUCCUGGAUCUUAUUUUACACUUGUAAUGACAUAUGAAUGGAAUCCAUUCCAGAAUCAGUUUCCUACCCUUGUUAAUUGUUAUAUGCCUUUCAUUACUUGCAUAAUACCAUUCAGAUGAAUUUCACUUGCCUUGUUCAUUUACAUCCAAAAAGGAACUUUUAUUUUUAAAAUCUCAAAAUUUGUCAUCGUACUUGUUUUAAAUUCCCAGCACCAUCUUAAAACGUAUCAAAUGGCAUUUCAGAAAAGGCUGUGUCUGUAACAUCACCAAUUUUGUUUUGAUGAAUUUCUUUACACAUUUUAGUUUGCUAAAAACUUAACAUUUAAUCUGUAAAAAUGUUUUAUUAGUCUGCACUUUAACUGUUCACAACUACCUUAGUAGCAAUAAAUAUUAUUUCACCAAUUUCUCUUCAACAUGAAUAGAACUAUAGAAAAAAAAAUUAAAAAAGGUUUCAUCAAAAAUUAGUGUCAAAUAUAUUUUGCAUUGACUUCAUAUGACCAAAUUUAACGUAAUUUCUGUGUUUAAUUACCUUGGUGUCUUUGCAGUAGUACCAGAUUUAUUACUCACUAAUACAAUACUUAGUUAUGUAUUUCAGAUUGAAUAACUUGUAAAUAUCUUUAUAAUGUACUGUAAUGCAAUAAACUGUUGAUGCAGAUUAUAUGUAAAUAAAUAAAUAUAUAUUACUAACAA